UUGGCCGGAAUUCGUAUUACGCCGGAUGCAGAAAAUCCAAUUUGUAGAGUUCCAUUGCGAACCGACAUUUAUCAACUGGCUGCUCAAGCAAAUAUAUUAAACGUACCAGGUUCGGCUGUAGAAGCUCGACAAUCGAAUUCAGCGGCCAAAAAUUUUUACAGGAAAUUGACACGAGAAAUCCAAUCCGCAUCUGUGCCAAAAUCGACGGGUGAACACAAGACCAAGCCGACGCAAUCUAGUGUCAGAGAGCUACGAGGAUUAGGUUUGUCGCCCGAUCUUAUAGUCUGUAGGUCGGAAAACCCCAUUGGCAAUUCCGUCAAAGAAAAAAUUUCAAAAUUCUGCGAUGUGGUCCCGGAGCAGGUUAUAACUAUUCACGAUUUAACAUCUAUAUAUCGAGUGCCACUUCUUAUGGAAUAUCAAGGUGUCAUAAAAUUCCUCAAUGAUCGAUUGCAACUGAAUAUCGAAGUGCCGCGUCCGCGUUGCUUUAUGCGAAAAUGGCGGGAUCUAGCUGAACGCGUGGAUCACUUGCGGAAAGAUGUUAACAUCGCUAUAGUGGGUAAAUACACGGAACUCGAGGACGCCUAUGCCUCCGUUACGAAAGCGUUGCAACAUGCUUCCAUUGAAGCCGGAUAUAAAUUGAACUUGACG